AUGACGACGAUCUCAGAUCUUCCAAAGGAAUUGGUAGAGGAGAUUAUCUCUGGGGUUCCUACGAAAUUGAUGAGAGCAGUUCGAGGAGACAAUACUAGGCUUGUGGUUUGGAAUCCUUAUAUCGGGCAAACAAGGUCGAUCAAACUCGUGAAGGGAUGGGACACGUGCAGUUACGCUUUCGGAUGCUUGGAGAAGAAUAAAAAAUCUUGUCGUAGCCACAAAAUCUUGAGGUUUUUAGAUGAUGACACACUUUACAACGGAAGAGACAACUUUAGAUUCAAGUUCUUGAAAGUGAAUACGGGACCUGAAGUUUCAUUAGUACUUGAGAGUUUCAUCAUUGACGAAGAGAAGAAAGUCGUCAUGGUUAGUGAGGGUUUUAAACACCGAAUAUCUUACAUUCUUGGAGAGAAUGGAUACUUAAGAGAAUUGGAUCUAGGAGAAUCUAUCUACACAAACUGUUGGACACAAGCGUGCUCUUAUGUUCCAAGUUUAGUGCAACUCAAGCAACCAGCAGGAGGCAAAAGGAAACUACAAAGCAGAGCGCUGAGACUUGUCGCACUUGAUAAGCGAAUCAAUAAGUAA